AGUGGGCGCCAGCUGCAAACCGGUGUGCUUCUGACGGCGCCGUUUGCUCACCCCGCUCCCCGUGAGCCGAAUCCGUCGCCAUCGGGGCCCGUUUAGGGCGUACAGAAUUAUAGAAGAUGGCGAGGUUCAUGGCACCCGUGAUCCAGGACAAUCCCUCAGGCUGGGGUCCAUGCGCUGUUCCUGACCAGUUCAAAGAUAUGCCUUAUCAGCCCUUCAGCAAAGGAGAUCGUCUAGGCAAGGUUGCAGACUGGACAGGAGCUACUUACCAGGAUAAGCGAUACACUAAUAAAUAUUCCUCCCAGUUUGGUGGAGGAAGCCAGUAUGCUUAUUUCCAUGAGGAAGAUGAGACCAGUUUCCAGCUGGUGGACACUGCGCGGACACAAAAGACUGCAUACCAGAGGAAUCGCAUGAGGUUUGCACAGAGAAACCUUCGCAGAGACAAGGACCGCCGGAACAUCCUUCAGUUCAACAUGCAGACGCUGCCUAAAAGUGCCAAGCAGAAGGAGAGAGAUAGGCUGCGUCUUCAAAAGAAGUUUCAGAAGCAGUUUGGAGUGAGACAGAAAUGGGACCAAAAAUCUCAGAAGCCUCGUGACUCUUCUGUGGAAGUUCGCAGUGAUUGGGAGGUGAAGGAGGAGAUGGAUUUUCCUAGGCUGAUGAAGAUGAGAUAUUUGGAGGUGUCAGAACCUCAGGACAUAGAGUGCUGUGGAGCUCUGGAAUACUAUGAUAAAGCCUUUGACCGUGUCACCACAAGAAAUGAAAAGACACUUCGUAGCAUCAAACGCAUCUUCCAUACCGUAACUACCACUGAUGAUCCAGUCAUCCGCAAGCUGGCCAAGACUCAAGGGAAUGUAUUUGCAACAGAUGCCAUCCUAGCUACUCUCAUGUCUUGCACCCGUUCUGUGUAUUCCUGGGACAUCAUUGUCCAAAGAGUUGGAUCCAAGCUCUUCUUUGACAAGAGGGACAACUCUGACUUCGAUCUCCUGACAGUGAGUGAGACUGCUAAUGAACCACCACAAGAUGAGGGCAAUUCAUUCAAUUCACCCCGCAACCUUGCUAUGGAAGCCACCUACAUCAAUCACAACUUCUCACAGCAGUGCCUAAGGAUGGGGAAAGAAAAAUAUACAUUUCCCAAUUCAAACCCAUUUGUGGAAGAUGAUAUGGAUAAGAAUGAGGUGGCUUCAGUUGCAUACCGAUACCGAAGGUGGAAGCUUGGAGAUGACAUAGAUCUGAUAGUGCGCUGCGAACAUGAUGGAGUGAUGACUGGAGCCAAUGGAGAAGUGUCAUUCAUCAACAUUAAAACACUGAAUGAAUGGGAUUCACGGCAUUGUAAUGGAGUAGACUGGCGUCAGAAACUGGACUCUCAGAGAGGAGCUGUGAUUGCCACUGAACUGAAAAACAACAGCUACAAACUUGCACGUUGGACAAGUUGUGCGCUACUGGCUGGAUCAGAAUAUCUUAAACUGGGAUAUGUCUCUCGAUACCAUGUGAAAGACUCUUCACGCCACGUGAUCCUGGGUACACAGCAGUUCAAACCCAAUGAAUUCGCCAGCCAAAUUAAUUUAAGCAUGGAGAAUGCAUGGGGCAUCCUGCGGUGUGUCAUUGACAUCUGCAUGAAACUGGAUGAGGGCAAGUACCUCAUCUUGAAAGACCCCAACAAGCAAGUCAUCCGUGUCUACAGCCUGCCUGAUGGCACUUUCAGCUCUGAUGAAGAUGAUGAUGAUGAUGAAGAGGAGGAGGAAGAGGAAGGUAAUGAAGCGUCAUGAGCCUCCUAGCUAUGAUAAUACUUGAGAGUGAGGUUCGAGCCCUGCAAAUGCCAAAACUGAAAGGGGCUGUGUGCUGGGAGACUAGUUUCUCUUCCUUUAUUAUUCAUAUUAGCAAACUGAUUAAACCGUCCGUAGCCUGUUGCUUGAGGAAUAGUGUAGUGAUAAAAGUUCAGAAAGAAAAGUCAAGACCACACGUUUAAAAAAGCAGUUGAGAUGUUUACCAAGAUGGCAAAUAACAUCAGGCUGCUAGUCCAGAACUACAUAGAGCAGAAGUAACCGUUUUGAUCUGGACAGAAGUUCAAUGUGGGAUCUAGUUAACAGUGAUCUAGUAUUUGGAGAAUUAUACCAUGUUGUAAAUGUUUACUAGAAACUAGCAGUUUUAUUUUCUGACUGUAUACAGACCUCAUUACAUCUUGUCAAUUUCUGAAGAUUUGCUUCACAACCAUUGUUAUUCACAAUAAAAAAAAUUUAAAACAA